AUGGAGACCACGGCAAAAAAGGUCCAGAACUUCUGGGACCCCAUCAACAUCAACCGUGACAUCCAGCAUAUCCGGGGACGGCAAAGAAGAGAGAAGAGGAUUUUGCGACUCCUUGACGGCAUUGGCUUCAGCUGGAGAGUUUAUGCCGUCGCAUUUCUGGGCUUCCUCGCCUCCAGCUGGAGCUUGAUCGCCGUGGGCGUGGUCUCGCCAGCUCUCUAUUAUGUCUACUCGCCCGAAGGCCGUAUGGCCGUUGACGUGGCUCAAGUUCUUGACCUCGUAACUCUCAUAGCGACCGUCUUGGGCAUGCUGUUGUUUGGCCACCUUGCUGAUCUCUUUGGACGGAGCUCGCUCUACGGCUUCGAACUCCUAAUCGUCUUGACCGCCAUCGGUGGUGCUGCCUUCUCCUCAGAGGGGUAUAUGUUUGGGGCCCGAUCCUCAUCUUCAGUCUCCGUCAGCGGGAGCGAGACCCCGUAUUCUAGCUCCAUGGACAUCUACGCAUCCUUGGCCUGGUGGCGAUUUGCUCUUGGUUUUGGAAUUGGCGCUGAGUACCCGAUGUCCGCGGUCAUUGCAGCAGAAUUCUCUUCUACCGAAGGCCGCGGUACUCUCCUGGCGGCCGUUUUCUUCGCACAAGCCAUCGGACGCUUGCUUGCGUAUGGGCUUGGGCUCGGCGUGCUCCACGGGCUAUGGAAUGGCGUUUCUGUGCCAGAGUUAGGGGAGGCCCAUGUAAUCAUGGAUAAGCUCUGGAGGCUUGUGCUCGGGCUCGCAGGCAUCCCGGCCAUCUUCGCCAUAAUCCUUCGGCUCCUGAUUCCCGAGACCCCCAGGUUUUACUCGGCCGUCAAACGAGAUCUCAUGAAGGCACGAGAGGCAGUCAUGAAAGUCGGAUCACGAUCGCCGAGCCUAACGGGAGACUUGGAGUCGGUUAAUUCGGACGUCGAGGAGAGCGAGCCACAGGAGGUGACCUCGUGGCGAACUCGUGCGUAUGCCUACUUCUUCGGCACCGCACAGGGUUGGAAGCCUCUGCUCUCCAUCUCGCUCCAGUGGCUCCUGCUCGACAUUGUUUUCUACGGCACUGGUUUUGAUAGCCCAGGGACGCUCGCUGCACUGUGGCUUGAUAAACCGGUCGAGGGCACCCUCGACAACUACAAGAAUGCCUACCCCGGGUUUGACGUCUGGAAAGAGGAUUACGGCUCUCCAAAUGCCGACAUAUUCCAAACCGUGCACAAUAACCUGGUUAGGAGUCUUCAGCUUUCCUCCGUCGCUGCUGUGGCUGGGAGCUUAGCCGUCAUCCCGCUUGUGAACUACGUCAGCCGCAAGACACAUUUUGUCUGGACUACAGGCAUCCUGGCCGUCCUGUUUGCUGUUACCGCCGUCUCGGUCUCCCAAACGUACGGCAAGCCUGCUCACGUCGUCAGCAUGGUUUUCUACGCCUUGACUCAAUUCAUGUUCAACCUCGGCCCCAACACGCUCACAUUCAUCCUCGCCGCUGAGGCUUUCCCGACCGAGUUCAGGGGGACCUGCUACGGCAUCGCCGCCGCCGCAGGUAAGGUUGGGGCUAUCAUUGUGCGUCCCAUCACUGAAGCGGCUGGGAAAGGCCAGACAAGUAUCGUGGCGCUGCUCUCGGCCUUUACGGGCGUGUUGUUGCUCAUGACAUUGCUUGCCUGGUUGGAGCCGUGGGGGAUCGGCAUUCCCCGGGUGCAAGAAGCGAGAGAGAAAGGCACCGGUGGCUUGAAACCGGCUCGCCUUGCGAACCUGAGCCUGGAAGAGGCAGCGCCAUGGCCUGUGCUGGAUGAGUCCGAUAGCGUUUCUGGUCACGGCGAUUCCCAUUCCCACAACGAGCCGGAGAGGCCUCAGGAGAAAGUAGGGGAUAGUACACCGGCAGGAGGAGUCGCAAAUGGAGUCAUGUUGGGGAGUAACAUGGAUAUGGAGCCCUCUGUUCGGCUAUCUGAACCACAGUGGACGGUCCUCCGACGGUGCUUCCUCCUCAGCGCGCUCGUUUUCGAAGCCAUGCUGCCCUUCUUCCAUCUCUUGUACGGAUUGGAUGCUCUCGAGGAAUUCUUCAUACCUGUCAACGACGGGCUGUACGGCGUUCAUCAAGUUACAAUCAUGCCGAGUUCCAAAACACCUCGUUCGUAUGAGCAGAACGCAAAUGUCCUUGAGUCCCCAGUCGCCUGGUCCUGUGGUUUUGAAAACCUCGUCCACAAUGUCCGGGAAAUCAAACGAGUCCAUAUUUCGCUUUACCGCCUUGUAGAAACGGUUUUUGGCCAAAACCUUCAGCGUCGGCACACAAACAUGUCUCCCAUGGCGUACAUUCUGACCGAGUUCGCUGGCAAAUCUCACACAUACAAGCAAUGCAUCGGCAAGUUAAUGCAAAAGGGGUUCCAGGGGCUGAACAAGAAGCAUAAAAAGGAGGUCAGGGCGAUGCCCGCCACUGAGGAGGAGGACAGAACAAUCAAUCAAUUCUUUCUCCCCGGUCUUUCCGUCUGA